GUGACUGUUAUUCCAUCCUCGCCAUUUUGCAAUGUGGGAGAGAGAGAGAGAGAGAGGGGCCACUUUUUAUGGCUAACGAAUAAAAGAAAGCGGUUUAUGUGCUGAGGACAAAGAGCGCCAAACUUCUCCGUGUCCGUCAUGGAGGAGAUCACUAAUGUCAUCACACACUCAUCCGCUGCCUCGUCUUCCUCCUCCACAUCGGCGGCACUGGGCUCCCACACACGGCAAACCAAAGAGAAGCAACCCUCCCAGGGUUUUCAGCAGAAAAUGGCAGAUGAUUCUCUCAUCCGGGUCAUAAAGAAGCUCAGCAAGAUUGUGGAGAAGCGGCCCCAGCGUCGCUGCACAUCAGGGGGACAGAAAAGAGCGCUGCAAGUGGGGGAAAGGGGAGCUGAGCAGGGGGGCGGCUCUAUAUGUAAGAAAAUUAAAAGGAACUAUAAGGAUGAGGUGGGAGUAGAGCGCAGCACAGAUGACAGCAGUCUUCCCUCACCUUGGUCAGGUGAUGAUAACAACAACGUGACCACCACGGUGGCAGAGGUAGCUGCCAACCCCAACAGCAGCGACCUCAAGCGGACGGUGACGUGCUAUCAGUGCAGCCUGUGCCCCCAUCUCGCCCAAACACUGCCCCUGCUGAAAGAACACCUGAAGCAGCACAACGAGCAGCACAGUGACCUCAUCCUCAUGUGCUCCGAGUGUCACUUUACCUCCAGAGACCACGAGCAGCUGGAGGCGCACGUCAGGAUGCACUUUGACAAUGGAGACAACCAGAAGAGAAAGUACCCGGUGAGUGAGGCGAAGGAAGAGGUUUUAAAAAAGCAGGAUGUGGAUCUAACAGGUGACGACUGCAGCGCAGGAACUGAAGUGAAGAAAAGCUCAGUGAGCAGUGCUAAGGAGUUACCACAGAAGAAGAAGUGGUACAGCUAUGAGGAGUAUGGCCUGUACCGCUGCCUGAUCUGCAGCUAUGUUUGCAGUCAGCAGCGAAUGCUCAAAACCCACGCCUGGAAGCACGCCGGCCUCGUCGACUGCUCCUAUCCAAUCUUUGAGGAUGAAGACGGAGGUUCUGCAAAGAGAGAGGUGCAAGCUGCUCCUAACAAUGCGUCAGCCAGAGAGGAAAUAGUUGUUCUUCAAGAUAAAAGCCUGCAAAAGCUCCCUACCGGCUUCAAGCUGCAGCUCUGCAUGCCCGUGGCUGUCGAGGACAAACAGGAAGUGCUGAAUCUUCAAGGCUCUCAUCUCAGUGAAAGUCCAAAAACAGUAGAGGAAGAGGACAAGUACCCCAUCAAAGACCUGACGUCUGAGGAGCCCGUGGUGGAGGUGCAGGUGACCACUGAGGCAGCGACGGAGGUGGAGCUAGGCGGUCACCAUGAAAGCACCUCUGUGAGCGACAGCUUGCUGUCAUCGGCUCAGAAGAUCAUCAACAGAAGCCCCAACAGCGCCGGCCAUAUCAAUGUGAUCGUAGAGCGGCUUCCUUCAGCUGAAGACUCAGUCAUGUCCUCUAACCCACUUCUUCUCAGCCCAGAUGUGGACGGGGAUAAGAGCUUACUGGAGAAAAAAGCAGAAGAGCAGGAGCAUGUGGAAGGUGUGAAAGAUGAGGUGGUCCUCUGCUACAGUCCGGGGAACACUAACAAAAGCCAGCAUUUAGGAGCCGAUAUCAAAUCCUCCAUCACUAAAAGUAACGACCUUCCACGGGAUGAAAACGUCCCCCCAGCUGGUCGCAAGAGGACGCACUCUGAGUCUCUCCGCCUCCACUCGCUGGCUGCCGAGGUCCUCGUGGCUAUGCCUAUGAGGACGCCCGAGCUGCCCAACUCUGGCGCCAAGGUAGCUCUGAAGACCGUUCCGGCACAGGCGCAGAGCCCGCAAGCAGCCCAGAAACCCACAGAGGGGGCUGCAGCCGGACAGAAGGCCUCUGACGUGGGAACGGCAGCAGCUAUGCUGAACUGUAAUGAGGGCAGAGAGGAAACUCUAGGAUCUCUGGGCCUGGGCAAAGGAGACGACGACGGGCCUGCAGCUAAUGGCGGGAUCAGCCUUUCCCUGCUCACGGUCAUUGAAAGACUGAGGGAGCGCUCAGACCAGAACACCUCGGACGAAGACAUCUUGAAAGAGCUUCAAGAUAACGCACAGUUCCAAAAUGGAGCUGGAGUGGUCGCGGCGAACGGAGCGGGCAGUUACGUGUGCUCCAGUGUUCCAGGGAUGGACGGGUUGGUCGGCUCUCCUGACAGCAGUCUGGUGGAUUACAUCCCCGGCAGCGAUAGGCCGUAUCGCUGCCGCCUGUGUCGCUACAGCAGUGGCAACAAGGGCUACAUUAAACAGCACCUGCGGGUGCACAGGCAGAGGGAGCCGUAUCAGUGUCCCAUCUGUGAGCACAUCGCCUCAGACAGCAAAGACCUGGAAAACCACAUGAUCCACCACUGCAAGAGCCGGAUGUACCAGUGCAAGCAGUGUCCAGAUGCCUUCCACUACAAGAGCCAGUUAAGAAACCAUGAAAGAGAGCACCACAGCUUCAGCAGUGACGUGGAAAUGCUCACACCAGUCGCUGAGACGGCGGCCGCAAUGGAGGAAACGGAGCGGGUCACAGAUGAAGAAGGUAGUCCACAGAAGAUGUUUAAGUGCGACGUGUGCAACUACACCAGCUCUACCUACGUCGGGGUGAGGAACCACCGGCGCAUUCAUAACUCUGACAAACCUUAUCGGUGCUGCAGCUGCGAUUUUGCCACCACCAACAUGAACAGUUUAAAGAGCCACAUGAGGAGGCACCCUCAGGAGCACCAGGCCGUGCAGCUGCUGGAGCAGUACAGGUGCUCUCUGUGCGGCUAUGUGUGCAGUCACCCGCCAUCGCUCAAAUCCCACAUGUGGAAGCACGCCGGAGACCAGAACUACAACUACGAGCAGGUUAACAAAGCCAUUAACGAGGCAAUCUCCCAGAGCAGCCGAGCUCCUCAGAAGUUAUCUGCGGUGGUAGAGUCUGCGGCAGAGCGCCCGGCAGUGUCCCCGCACUCAAAGGACAAAGCAAAGAGCACAGCGGAUCCACCGCUAACACCCACAUCAGCAACUAAAGCUGCUCUGUCAGCUGACAGCCCAGCGGGCUUCUCCACACCUCCCACAGAUCCUUCAAAGUGGUCCCCCGAGUCCGUAAGCCCCCAGGGGAAGGACCCUGCACAGCUUCAGUCUCAGUCCCAGAGCCAUCCACGCACGGGCCAGCUCCCCCCGCCAGGCCCCGGCAUGGAGUACUGUGUGCUCCUGUUCUGCUGCUGCAUCUGUGGCUUCGAGUCCACCAGCAAAGAGCGACUGAUGGAGCACAUGAAGGAGCACGAGGGAGACAUCAUCAGCAUCAUCCUGAACAAAGAGCAGCAGCAGUCAGAAGCACAAGCAAGCCUCCAAACAGCAGAGUGACACAUGCACUUUCCCCCCUCCCCAUCCUGACUUUGACGCCCACCCUGUGCUUUCACAAGCUUUUCAUGAGGUUUCUGUCCGUCAGCGAGGCGGCGGCGGCGGAGGAAACAAUCUACUGCAUCACAGUAGUCCAGUCAUUUCAGUGGCGGUACUCUGAUUGGUUCGGUUGUUGCAUCAAGAGGUUACGUUCGUAAGGCUGCAAUGACUCGUGUCCACACAUUUCAGAACAAACGAUGAAAUGUUUUAUUGACGAUGUUCUUUCGAAAGGAAUGUUUAAAAAACGAUUGACAGGGCUGUAAGCCGUUAAUAUUUGUGUCAAAUAAUUACACACUAAAUGACGCAAAAUGUGUCUGUAGGGAAGCGAUUUUGCUUUCAAGGGAGGAGCCCGAGCUCUCGACUCAAGUCCGUUUUUUUUUUUUUCACUCUACAGGGACGUGUUCAUACCUCACAAAACCACGCGAUCCCUCAACCACAAAAGAUUUCCAUAUUUUCAAGUCUAAUCCAUAUAUUUUUGAUUCUAAGGCAGCUCUUUUAUUGCUAGUGUAUUUAAUGUAUUUAAUCUGACAGAGUUGAAGCUCUAGCCAAGUAGUGGAGGUGCAGACUCACCGAUGCCUACAAAGGCAUUUACCACAGCUUAAAAAAACCUUUCAAUAUUUAUCUGUUUAUUUUAAUGCAUGUUAAGUUCCGUUAUGCCAAUUUAAACGACUAUGUUUGUUAUAUUUUCUUUCUGCUUUUUGUGGCUCUUAUUGUAGUUUUACUGUUUGUUAAGUAGCUUCUUUAGCAGAGACCGUGAUAGUUCUCAAAGGUGGAGCGUAAGUUGACUGGAGCAAAGCAGGAAGUGGCCUUUGGAUCGUCACCAGUGUUCAGUUGGUGUAAAAGCAUGUCGACAAAAGGAAUAACAAAAAGGGAAGCUGGGAUUGGCGGGGCUCGUGGUGUAAUACAACGAUGUUUCAAAGCCGGUUUAUGUCAUAUCGAAUGCGACACAAUUAUCACUCGAUUGUGAUUAUGGUGCUAGGUUCACUUUAAGACUUGUCAAUGAAGGUAUUUUUAUAGCUCAUGCUGUUUAUGAUGUAUAUAAUAACAUUUUUAUAAGGACAUUUCCACUUUUUGUCAGUGUUUUUAAAAAUAUAAACUUUCUAGUAUCGGCUUGAAGCGGCCACUGUCCCAGCUUGAACAUGCCUGAAAUGAGAAGACGUGGAUGUGAAAAUAAAGUUUUUAAGUCAA